AUGGCCCCGGUUCAGGUGGAGACUUCGCAGCUGGUGUCGGCGGGCGGCCCGCCCUCGGCCCCCCCGCCUUCGGCAGCCGCGGCCGCGGCGGCGGCAGCAGCGGCCGCGGCCGCCGCCAGCCCCGGUGUGCGGCUCAGCAUGCUGAUCGACUUCCUACUGCAGAGGACCUACCAGGAGAUCACGGUGCUGGCCGACCUGUUGCCCAGAAAGACUGAUAUGGAACGGAAAAUUGAAAUUGUGCAGUUUGCUAGUCGGACACGUCAACUCUUUGUGCGUCUGCUGGCAUUGGUAAAAUGGGCCAGUAAUGCAGGAAAGGUGGAAAAAUGUGCGAUGAUAUCGAAUUUCCUGGAUCAGCAGGCAUUUCUCUUUGUGGACACCGCUGAUCGAAUGGCAUCGUUAGCAAGAGAUGCAUUGGUUCAUGCGCGCCUGCCAAGCUUUGCGAUUCCAUUUGCCAUUGAUGUUCUAACUACAGGCUCGUACCCUCGCUUACCGAGUUGCAUUCGGGAUAAAAUCAUUCCUCCAAACCCGAUAACCAAGAAUGAGAAACUGGCCACGCUUCAUCAGCUCAAUCAGAUUCUGAGACAUCGAUUGGUUACCACAGACCUGCCUCCACAACUGGCAAACCUUACAGUUGCCAAUGGACGUGUGAAAUUCCGUGUUGAAGGGGAAUUUGAAGCCACACUCACAGUGAUGGGGGACGAUCCAGAAAUCCCAUGGCGAUUGCUCAAACUAGAAAUUCUAGUGGAAGACAAGGAAACGGGAGAUGGUCGUGCUCUGGUCCACAGUAUACAGAUCCACUUCAUUCACCGUCUGGUACAGUCCAGACUCUUUGCUGAUGAGAAACCACUGCAAGACAUGUACAACUGUUUGCACUCGUUCUGUCUGUCGCUCCAGUUAGAAGUAUUACACUCGCAGGCACAGAUGCUCAUACGUGAACGAUGGGGUGACCUUGUUCAGGUUGAGCGGUAUCUACCUGGAAAAUGCCUGACCUUGGUGGUUUGGAAUCAACAAGUUGUGGGAAGAAAGACAGGCAGUGCCUCUGCUCACAAGGUCAACAUAAAGAUUGAUGAAAGUGACUGCUCAAAACCCUUACAAAUAUCUCAUGAUCCACCAUUACCAGCUUGUGAUUCUAAGUUAAUAGAACGUGCUAUGAAGAUCGAUCACCUCUCUGUGGAGAAGCUGUUGAUAGACAGCGUCCAUGCACGUUCUCAUCAGAAACUGCAGGAACUGAAAGCCAUUCUCAAGAGCUACAACCCCAAUGACAAUGCCUUCAUAGAAACCGCUCUGCCUACCUUGGUUAUUCCUAUCUUGGAACCCUGUGGUCGGUCUGAAUGUCUUCACGUUUUCGUGGAUCUGCAUUCAGGAAUGUUCCAGCCAAUGUUGUAUGGAAUUGAUCAGACUACAUUGGAUGAUAUUGAAAAGUCUAUCAAUGAUGAGAUGAAGAGAAUUAUUCCUUGGCUUCAGCAGCUGAAGUUCUGGCUUGGACAACAGCGAUGCAAACAAUCUGUGAAACACCUGCCCACAGUAUGCAGUGAGACGUUGCAUCUUUCGAACCUCUCCACUCACCAAGUUGGGAAUCUCUCAAAGCACAAACUUUUCAUCAAGCUGACUCGACUUCCACAAUAUUACAUUGUUGUGGAAAUGAUGAACAGGCCUGGCUUCCCCACCGAACUAGGAUAUAAAUACUAUUUCCUCUCUGUGAGUCAGGGGCUGACUGAUGCUGACGAUUGCCCUCCUACUGCAUUGCUUUUCCAACAAUUCAAAUCAAACAUUGAGGAGCUUGUACUGGACAAAAUGAAUGGGAAACAAGCCAAGACCGGAGAUAAGCGCAAGCUGUCUGGUGACCAAGGACCUAUAGAACCUAAGAAACCCAAACGAACAGGGGAAAUGUGUGCCUUCAAUAAGGUCCUAGCACACCUUGUGGCGAUGUGCGAUACUAACAUGCCAUUCAUUGGGCUUCGAUGUGAGCUGUGUACCAUGGAGAUUCCUCACCAAGGAGUUCAGAUAGAAGGUGAUGGCUGUAAUCAUGCCAUACGAAUACUAAGGAUCCCUCCGUGUACAAGUGUUAGUGAGGAGACCCAGAAAGCCUUAGACCGAUCUUUGUUAGAUUGCACUUUCCGGUUGCAGGGAAGAAACAACCGGACCUGGGUGGCAGAACUGGUAUUUGCCAACUGCCCUCUAAAUAGUACCUCUGCCAAGGAGCAAGGUUCAACACGUCAUGUCUAUCUCACGUAUGAAAGCUUACUAUCGGAACCUGUUGGAGGUCGGAAAGUGGUUGAGGCGUUCCUAAACGAUUGUAAUAGCAUUGCAAAGCUGUAUGACUGUGUUUUGGAGUUUGCACGUUCCUUGCCAGAAAUACCAUCCCACCUUAAUCAUUUCUCGGAGAUACGCGUCUAUAAUUAUCGUAAACUUGUCAUAUGCUACGGAGCCACUAAAGGCAGCUCGAUAACUAUCCAAUGGAAUCCCACCCACCAGAGGUUUCAUAUAUCAUUGGGAACAGUUGGUCCAAACUCUGGCUGCAGUAAUUGUCACAACAUCAUACUCCAUCAGCUUCAGGAGAUGUUCAACAAAUCACCAAAUGUAGUCCAGUUACUACAGGUACUGUAUGAUACACAAGCACCACUCAAUGCCAUUAAUAAACUCCCAACAGUGCCAAUGUUGGGCCUCACACAUCGAACAAAUACUGCCUAUCAAUGUUUCUCGAUACUACCCCAGUCACCCACACACAUCAGACUUGCUUUCCGCAAUAUGUACUGCAUUGACAUAUACUGCAGAAGUCGAGGCGUUGUGGCUAUUCGAGAUGGUGCCUACAGUCUUUUUGACAACAGUAAGAUUGUGGAGGGAUUCCAUCCAGCUCCAGGCUUAAAGACAUUCUUGAAUAUGUUUGUGGACAGCACCCAGGAUGCACGCAGGCGAUCGGUGAAUGAAGAUGAUAAUCCACCAUCUCCUAUUGGUGGAGACAUGAUGGAGUCAUUCAUCUCUCAGCUUCAGCCACAGCAGCCCUUUGUCAAAGCUAGUGGAGGCGUAACAUACCCAUUGACAUCACCACCUACAUCGUAUCACAAUACUGUGACUCCAUCACCACAAAUGAUGCCUACGCAAUCACCAGGGAAUUUACAUCCAGCUAAUUCUCCAAGUGGUGCAUUGCGAGCAUCUUCACCAGCAUCAUUCGUACCGUCUCCCUCCCCCUCUUCCCUUGGAAUCUCAAUGGGACAGACACCAAACUUUGCAAGUCCUCACGGCACAAUUGACCCAAGUUCACCUUACACAAUUAUAUCACCCAGUCAGCGACCGGGGACCUGGCCUGGGUCUCCACAGUUGCCUGGGCCGGCUUUAGCACGCAUACCUGGAAUGUCUCCGGCAAACCCCUCCUUGCACUCCCCUAUCCCUGACGUCUCCCAUUCUCCACGAGCUGGAACAAGCUCCCAAACAAUGCCGACAAAUAUGCCUCCACCUCGUACACUACCUCAGCGAUCAUGGGCUGCAUCAAUACCUACCAUCUUAACUCAUAAUGCCUUGCAUAUUCUACUUUGCCCAUCACCAACACCAGGUCUUGUGCCAGGACUGGCUGGCAGUUACCUUUGUUCCCCUCUCGAGCGAUUCUUAGGAUCUGUUAUGAUGAGGCGACACCUACAAAGGAUAAUUCAACAAGAACCGUUGCAGCUUAUAAACUCCAAUGAACCAGGUGUAAUCAUGUUUAAGACUGAAGCACUGAAGUGUCGCGUGGCACUGAACCCACAGACCUACCAGACCUUGCAGUUUAAAGUGACGCCCGAAACAACAGACCCAUGGACACAAGAAGAACUGCAAGUCUUGGAAAAGUUCUUUGAAACGAGAGUUGCAGGUCCUCCAUUUAAAGCCAACACACUAAAUGCCUUUGCUAAGCUAUUGGGAGCCCACACUCAGAUUCUCCGGGAUUGUGUGCGGAUUAUGAAACUGGAACUGUUUCCAGAUCAGGCUGCCCAGCUGAGGUGGAAUGUGCAAUUCUGUUUGACAAUUCCCCCCAGUGCUCCACCAAUAGCUCCUCCAGGAACACCUGCUGUGGUUUUAAAAUCCAAGAUGCUGUUUUUUCUCCAGCUCACGCAGCGACUGACGGUGCCACAGGAACCGAUCAGCAUAAUUGUGCCAAUUGUCUAUGACAUGGCAACAGGGACAACCCAGCAAGCCGACAUUCCUCGGCCACAAAAUACAUCGGGUGCAGCUGCUUCGAUGGUUAGCAACAUUCUGAGGAGGUUUGCAGAGGUACAUCAGCCACAGCAAGGUGACUGCACAAUCUUUGCAGCGGUGCGGGACUUGAUGGCAAAUCUAUCACUGCCCCCUGGGGGUCGACAGUAACACUACAAUCUGCCUUAUGGGGUUCUCAGAACAGAGAAAAAAAAUGACUGAAGCUCAAUGGAUGAGUUAUAAAAGUAACAGUGUUUGAUGCAAAACAGGAUUAUGAAUCGUGAGAUUCAUGCUCUAAAGUGACUUAAAAAGAGCAUGAUCCAUUAAAGUUAUUUUUCAGGGAUGCACUUCUUUCAUCAAUUUUUCAUCGCUUUGUUUACCUGCUGUUAUAUAUAUAUAUUGUAUUUUGGAAAACUGCAUUUCAAGAAAAAAUUAAAUCUCCAGUGAGAUUCCUUUUACUGGUCAUCUUGUUGACUUAGAUUUAAUCUUUGUUAUAAUAUGUAUGAGAAGAUAAUUAGAUUAUGAAGAUGCCAACAUUUUGAUUUUUUUUGUUUUAUUUUGAGAAUGUAAAUGUGUCAAUUUUCCUAUGUUGUGGCAUAAUAGCUUAAGUUUUUUUUCUUAAACCUAUUUGUUACAUUGAUGGUUAUUGUAAUGUAAAACUGUGAUAAACUUUAAAGUAAUGGAGUUGUAUUUUAUUAUGACUGCUUUAAAUCUUUACAUAAAAUUUGAGUCGUUAGGUCCUAUUGACUCGGAAGCAAUAUUUAAUAAACGAGCAGAUAAAAUACC